UGCCCAACUAACUGCUUCUCAAUUCCUUUAUACCUUGGCAGUGGUCUCAGGGCUGGAGAGAAUGUGAAAGCAGAAGAGCUGGGACCAUCAUUGAGAUUUGGGGAAGUGGAAUUAAAGGAAGAAUGGCAAGAUGAAGAGUUCCCCCGACUGCUCCCUGAGGAGAUCAAUUCCUCUGAAGAUCCAGAGGACAAUAGAGAAGGUACCCAGAUGGGUCCCUUAAACACUUUAGCAUUAUGUGGCAGGCGUCACAUGCGGAAGCGCCUUUCAGCCCCGGAGCUCCAGCUGAGCUUAGGGGAGGACACAGGAGAUAAAGAAGGCUCUCCCACCCACUCCACAGCUCCUUCCCCACAUGGUAGCUCUGACCUAGAUGUGGAUGAUUUGGAGACACCCUCAGACUCAGAACAGCUGGACAGCGAGCAUGAUUUUGAAUGGGAAGAUGAGCUUCCCCAAACAGAGGGCCUAGGGGCAAGUGAAGCAGCUGAAAGACUGGGCCAGGGUUGUGUGUGGGAUGUGGCUGGGGAGGAUGGUCAUCGGUGGAAGGUGUUCCGAACAGGACAUCGGGAGCUUCGAGUGGAUAUGACAGUCAUUGAACCCUAUAAGAAGGUCCUAUCUCAUGGAGGUUACCAUGGUGAUGGCCUCAAUGCUGUUAUCCUUCUUGCUUCCUGCUACCUACCCAGAAGCAGCAUCCCUAACUACAGUUAUAUCAUGGAGCACCUGUUUAGGUACAUAGUGGGGACUCUAGAACUCUUAGUAGCUGAGAAUUACCUGCUUGUCCACCUGAAUGGAGGCACAAGCCGAGCCCAGGUACCCCCUCUGAGUUGGAUCCGCCAAUGUUACCGCACCCUGGACCGUCGACUCCGAAAAAACCUUCGUGCACUGUUGGUUGUCCAUGCCACAUGGUAUGUGAAGGCAUUUCUGGUGAUGCUGCGGCCUUUUAUCAGUUCCAAGUUUAGCAGAAAGGUUCGUUUUCUGGACAGUCUAGGAGAGCUGGCCCAGCUCAUCUCCUUGGAACAUAUCCACAUUCCUGAUGCUGUCAGACAGUUGGACAAGGAUCUGCAUGGCCCUGGAGGGACCUAACACUGAUGUCUCAAUUGGAUAAUGAGCCCUAGAACCAAGGAAGGAGACUGCCCUCCUGCACCUGAACUUCCUGAAUUUAUAUACACUCUAUCGGUCUCUGGGUCUCUCUUUCUCUCUCUCCCCUAACCCAUUAACCCUUUUUGGGAUUUUGCUUUCCAACUCAUCCAGGUGUUCUGACCUCUGAAACUUCUGGGAUCCAGGGAAUCCUAAUUAUCAACCAUGCUAGUGAUUUUCCCCUUUAUAUUUAAGCCUAAGGGCUGGACUGAAAAGGCAAGUUUGGACUUAAUGCCUGCAGCUUGUUUGUGCCCAUGACUAUGUAUUAGGCAUAGCCAGCUCUCUGAGCUGCCUUUCUGCCUGUCUCAGUGCCUUCAUAUCUCUAUUCUUCAACUAAUUCAGAUGUGCAACUGCAGUUUAAUAAAUUAAGUUACCAGAGA